AGCCGAGCCAGAGCGCUGCAGGCUCACAAAGCGGCCGGACGCGCGGCGGCGGCAGGUGCGCAGGGGAACGAGCCGGGCAGCAGCCUUCCCAGCCACCGCGGCACAGGAACCCCAACAACUCGGGAGCUGGGACUCGGACGAGCCCCCAAGAUGCCAGCGAUCGCGGUGUUCGCGGCGGCCGCCGUGGCGUGGUGCUUCCUCCAAGUGGACAGCCGGCACCUGGACGCGCUUGCGGGCGGCGCGGCCCUCAACAACGCCAAUUUCCUAGACAAUGACCAGUGGCUGAGCACCGUCUCCCAGUAUGACCGUGACAAGUACUGGAACCGCUUCCGAGAUGAUGACUAUUUCAGAAACUGGAAUCCUAACAAGCCCUUUGACCAAGCCCUGGACCCAUCCAAGGACCCUUGCCUGAAGGCAAAAUGCAGCCCUCACAAAGUGUGUGUGACCCAGGACUACCAGACAGCCCUGUGUGUCAGCCGCAAGCACCUGCUGCCCAGGCAAAAGAAGGGAAAUGUGGCCCACAAACACUGGGUUGGACCUUCAAAUCUGGUUAAGUGCAAGCCUUGCCCCGUGGCACAGUCAGCGAUGGUCUGCGGAUCUGAUGGCCACACGUACACGUCCAAGUGCAAGUUGGAAUUCCAUGCUUGUUCUACAGGCAAAAGCCUCAGCUCCCUCUGUGAUGGGCCCUGUCCAUGUCUGCCUGAGCCUGAGCCGCCGAAGCCCAAGGCAGAAAAGAACGCCUGCACAGACAAGGAGCUGAGGAACCUUGCUUCCCGCCUGAAAGACUGGUUUGGAGCUCUUCAUGAGGACGCCAACAGAGUCAUCAAGCCUACCAGCUCUGAUACAGCCCAAGGCAGGUUUGACACCAGCAUCCUGCCCAUUUGCAAGGACUCCUUGGGCUGGAUGUUCAACAAGUUGGACAUGAACUAUGACCUCUUGCUGGACCACUCAGAGAUCAAUGCCAUCUACCUAGACAAGUAUGAGCCGUGUAUCAAGCCUCUGUUCAACUCCUGCGACUCCUUCAAGGAUGGCAAACUCUCCAACAAUGAGUGGUGCUACUGCUUCCAGAAGCCAGGAGGUCUCCCUUGCCAGAACGAAAUGAACAGAAUUCAGAAGCUGAGCAAGGGGAAAAGCCUGUUGGGGGCAUUCAUACCUCGCUGUAACGAGGAGGGCUACUACAAAGCCACACAGUGCCACGGCAGCACAGGCCAGUGCUGGUGUGUAGACAAAUACGGGAACGAGCUGGCUGGCUCCAGGAAGCAGGGCACUGUGAGCUGUGAAGAGGAACAGGAAACAUCCGGGGACUUCGGCAGCGGUGGCUCUGUGGUCCUGCUGGACGACCUAGACGAUGAGCGAGAGCUGGGACCAAAGGACAAAGCGGGGAAGCUGAGGGUGCACACCCGAGCCGUGAGGGAAGACGAUGAGGAUGAAGAUGAUGACAAAGAAGACGAGGUUGGGUACAUAUGGUAGUGCCCGUGAGGAAGGGGACACACUUUUGGCACAGAUCCGCAAUCCGCUUCCUUUGCCUGCAUUUGUAUUCAAGACUCCGAGGCACCCAGGUCUCUUCUCCACUGUUGCUCUCCGUACCAGGGCUGAGGAAGACCCUCUUCCCAGAGCGUUCCGAAUUUGCAUACAGUUGUGCGGGAGAAAGGAUGUUGUUUUUGUUGCUUGUUUUCGUUUUUUCAUUGGAUGAGAGGAGGGCUGGCUUAAUGAAAGCCUCCUCCUCUCUUGUGAGGUUUUUGCAACUAGCAUGUGAUUUAUGUGGAAUCCAGCAGCGCGGGGAGCCCCGCCCCCUCAACCGUCAAAGACCCUCUCUGAUUACCCACGUCGGUGGUUUUUGCAGCAUGGUUCCUAGCCUUAUGAUGUCUAAGUGUUUCUCUUGUGUCCUGUAGAUGUUGUGGAAAACACACCACACGGUCCCCUUUCCUCCUGUUUCCACCGCCUCUGGAGUUUAUUAUUAAAAAUUAAUUUUCAUGUCGCUGUAUCUGGCUUCCUACAAAUGACAGCCUUAAUUCAGUCAAAGUCCCUUUGGAGAAUUAAUUUUCUUUCCUAAAAAUUAAGAUCUCGAUGCUUCAUCCCC